AUGUUAGCCCCGCCACGUCGGCCUGCUCUGCCGACCAGCAUCUCGACGCCUACUCUUCCUUCAAAAUCAAUCAGACCUCAGCCCACAAAACGGCGAUCAACACUCAAACGUUCCAUCGAUGAGACUAACUUCAUGGAUCCACCCUCAAGUCCCUCCAAACGCUCCCGGGUGACUUUUGACUCCGACGUUGAAAUUGUUUCUGCCGAUGAUGACGAAGACCUGGAUCCUCUUGUUGUCAGGGAACAGGUGCGAAGAGCCAUUGAAAGACACCGGUUUAGAGAGGAUGAAGCAUACGAACGAAUCAAGAGCCUUUUCAGUACAUCACCUGAAAAACCAAAUGCACCCUCCACGAAAGCCCUGAAGAUACAUCUUCAAGCCAUACUCGCCCAUGUCACGGCGCUGAACAAAGAUUGCAAUGGCCUGGUAAAUGCGGUCCUAUACAGUGAAUGGAUUGGAAGGGAUGAGACAUAUUGUGCGCUUUUUGUGAGAUUUCUGAACAACUUGGCGGCGGCGCAGCAGGGUUAUCAACACAAGAUGAUGUCGGUCCUGGUUGAUUUGCUGGGUCCCCAGAAGACAAGACGGAUGGCAGGAUCCAAACCAGUCAGACAGCCCACCAUUCAUCGAAGGGCUCUACAAGCCAUCCAGCAUAUUACUGUCAAUGUGCCUUCCUCGCCGGCUGCUCUUGCCGAUCGGGUUUCCUCACGGUUGGAAUUUGAUUUUCAAAAGUCCGACGAGCGAAUGACCUACAUUCGAAAUUUCAUGGAAAUGAUCAAAUAUGUGCCGGAGCUGACCUCCGAAAUUCUGGCUAGUGUGCUCCGAGAACUCAUCAAGCUUGAUGUGUCUGUUCAGGUUGAUCUGGAUGAAGAGGAGGAUGACGCUGAAGAUGAGAUCCUCAACCACAUGUCUUCCUCACAAACGCUUGUCGCUGGUUCAUCUCAGGGCAUGCUCAAGAACAGCCUCGAUGACGAUGAUGAUAUGAGCACCACGGAAGAGUCUGAUAUGGAAGAAGAUGAAGACGUGGAUCCGGCCACAGCCCGCCGACGGAAGUUGAAGGAGGACAUCAAGCAAGUCGAUUUGAUUAUGGACAUCUUGUUCCAAUACUACGCCCAACUCACCACCUCCACAGCCCUUCCAGCUCGUGACACCGCCAUCGAACAACUCAUCUCUCAAUUCCAUACUCAUAUCCUUCCAACAUAUCGUGCACGACAUCCUCAAUUCCUGGUCUUUCACUUUGCCCAAGCUGACCCCAUCAUCGUUGAUCGAUUUGUCACAUCCUGUGUUGCUGUCCUGGUCGACAAAAGGCAACCCCACCUUCUCCGACAUAGUGCUGCUGCCUAUUUCUCUGGGUUUGUCGGCCGUGGCGCUCAUGUCUCUCCACAAGUUGUUCAAGAUUGCCUGGAACUCCUUUGCCACCACCUAACGGUCCUCCGCAAGUCUUACGAACCAUCAUGUCGCGGUCCGGACUUGAAGCGUUAUGGCGACUUCUAUGCCGCCUUUCAAGCGAUUCUAUAUAUUUUCUGUUUCCGCUGGAGAGACAUUGCAUCUGCAGAUUCUGACGACGAUUCGGAUUUCGAUAUCGACGAAGAAGUCGAAACUUAUCACUUCCCCGAGUCAUUGCGGGAUGCCCUACGAGCGGCCAUCUACUCCCCACUCAAUCCACUACGGGUUUGCACACCUGUUAUCGUGGAACAGUUUGCCAAGCUCACUCACGCUUUGCAACUCUUCUACGUGUAUCCAAAACUGGAAGAGAACAGACACGUACGAGUCACGAGUCAUUGGCGCAGCGUAUCGGAUCUUAACAUUAGCAACCCCGACCGAGAUUUGAGCUGGGUCGGCGACAAUGGAAUGCUCGAGGGCUAUUUUCCUUAUGAUCCUUACCACCUCCCGAUCAGCAAGCAUUGGAUCGAAGGUGAUUAUGUUGAAUGGAAAGGCAUUCCUGGAGAAGAGGCAGAAGGCACGGACUCGGAAGAUGAUGCAGGUAUGGAUGUAGGAGAUGAUGUAGAAGAAGAGCGAGAAGUCGUUCACCACGAAUCUGAUGAUGAAUGA